AUGACAGAAGAAGUCAAGAACCAGCUGAAAGGAAAGGGCGGGGGAUUGAUUGCACUUCUCCACGGAUGUCCUGGCACUGGUAAGACACUGACGGCUGAAGCUGUUGCCGAGCACCUCCAGCGGCCUUUGUAUAUGGUCAGUUCUUCCGAAUUAUUGACGGAGGCUCCCUAUUUGGAGGAGAAUCUGAGCAAAAUUCUGAAACUGGCUACUGCUUGGGACGCUAUUAUACUGAUCGAUGAGGCUGACGUAUACUUAGAACAGAGAAGUUUCCAUGAGCUGCAACGAAAUGCCCUUGUUUCUGUCGCCCUGCGUCUCUUGGAGUACCACCGAGGAUUAUUGUUCUUGACCACCAAUAGGAUAAAGACUUUCGACGAGGCGUUUUUAUCGCGUUUUUCCGUCGGCCGAACAAUCAAGAACCUCGUCCGUACCGCUCAAGCACUGGCAAUUGCAUCAGAAGAACCCUUGUCUAUCGAGCACGUCAAGAUAGUUGUCCGUGCCCAAGAGAGGUUCUUGACCGAGUUUGCUCUGUGA